AAGACGACGGAGAACUGAAAUUGAAAUUAGUUAACCGAUAGGGUUUACAAGAAAUUAUGGGCUUGGGCCGAAUGGGUGAAGACAAAUUUGGGCCGUUAAUUGCAAUCGACGGCCGAUUUGCUUUUCGAUGAAAUGUGCGUUACACCUGACGAUGAUGGCGGGAAUUUCAUAAUCUCAUCUUCCAAAGAAUCUAAUUUUAGCUAAUCGCACCAAAUUCGAGGCUGUGCUGAAGCUUUCGGCAACGUCAAUGGCGUUUGAAUGCAAAAUAUGCGAUUGCGCGACGCAUUGAAGAUUAUUUCUAAUUCAUGGGAAAAAAAUUUGAUGAAUCCGUUUGCCACUGGAAAUUUUUGGGAGAUUUCUUCACGUUGCAGUUCAUGAUCUUCGUGGAUUUUUGGUUGGAACAAUCUAGAGAAGUUUUGAAAUUUGGCAGGAAGGUUUGUACUGAAACUGUUCGACGAAUUGCCUGUGAAGAAUCUUUGCACAGCAACUGUUCGACGAAUUCCCCGUGAAGAAUCUUGCAAAAUGCAUCGAUGUUUGAAGAGUUUUGUGAUAAAUAAAAAUGGAAUGUUCGAUGCUAUGUCGGGUUAUUACAGGAUGAAUUACAGGAUGAUUCAUAAGAGCAGCGUUGGAAGAAAGCCGAAGAAGAAGAUAUACCACAGGGUACAUGAGCUUGACAGGGUGAUGGAGCUUCAAAAGAAGCCAUCAAUGGUGCUAAACUUGGUUUCAAUUAUCCAAUCUCAGAAAAAAGAUAGUCUUCUUCUCAGGGAUCUCGAGAAAUCCGUUGGUUUUGUGGAGAAAUGGAAUUACAUGGCUAUUAUCAAUAAGUAUCCGUCGAUUUUUCGCGUUAUUGGUGGCCAAAUUGAGAGGUCUCCUCCUGGUGUUACAUUAAGUGACAAAGCUAAAGAAAUUGCAUCACUGGAAUCGGAAGUGAUUGCGCAAAUGGAACCGAUUUUGGUUACAAAUUUGCAGAAGCUGUUGAUGCUUUCAAUCGAUUGUAGAUUGCCUUUCGACAACAUUGAAUUGAUCAGUAGUGAGUUGGGAUUGCCUGAUGAUUUCAAGAAUUCAUUGAUUCCGAAGUAUCCUCAGUUUUUUCGAUUGGUCGAGGUUAAUGGCAAGGAAUAUUUAUCAUUAGAGAAUUGGGAUUCGUCGUUAGCAGUGACUGCUCGCGAGGAAAGUGCGGGGAAGAUGGCGUCGAACGGGGGAUCAUUAAGGGGCAAUGUUUCGAAAGAUGGAAAUUAUUGGUACCCGUCUUCAUUUCGACUGAAAUUCCCUGCCGGUUUUAGGCCAAAUGUUAGUUAUCUCGAGGAAGUCAAGAGAUGGCAGAGAAUGGAAUUCCCUUCGCCAUACUUAAACGCAAAGAGAUUCGAAGCGGCAGAUCCAAAAGCUCGAAAAAGGGCAGUGGCAGUGAUUCAUGAGCUUCUAAGUUUGACGAUGGAGAAAAGAUUAACUUCGGCUCACCUCGAUGCCUUCCAUAACGAAUACCGUUUACCGGCAAGAUUACUUCUUUGUUUGAUCAAGAAUCAUGGCAUUUUUUACAUAACUAAUAAAGGAGUAAAAAGCACUGUGAUUCUUAAGGAGGCUUAUGAUGGUUCUAACUUGAUCAAGAAAUGUCCUUUAUUGGAAUUCAGGGACAAAUUUGUGGCUCUAAUGGGUAGAAGAGAUCCUAUGGUGUUUUGUCUGCAGGUCCACAAUUUAUGAAAGUUUGAGGCCAUUUUCGAUUUCCCCACAAAGGAUCAGGUUUCUGAUACCAACCUGGAAAUUUGGGGAGGAUCUUCAUCUCCUCCACCACCACCACCACCACUACCACUACCACUACCACUACCACUGGUCAGUAAAUCAAUAGCUUCGGGACCCUCUUUAACCACUAUAUAUAUAUAUAUAUAAAUUCAUCAUUUUAUUUUUUUUCUUAUUAGUUUUUAAUUUGAUUGAGCAUUAACUACGGAUGAGGUUGAUUAAGAGUAUUUGAUUUGUGAAAGAUUUUAUAGUUGUUGUGC